AUGCACAUCGAGCCGCGUGCACUGUCUGCUGCGCUGCGCCCCCUCCGUGCUGCUGGUAGCAUGAACCUCAAGUCGACCCCCGCGCCUCCAGAGAUCUCUCGCGGCUCAUAUGAUGCUGCGGAGCGGGAGCUUGCCAUAACGCCAGGUCCCAUUUCACCACUAGAUGGCGACGCUGGCCCUGGCUCCGCCUCGGUCUCCCGCACUCCCUCGGACUCGUCGAUUUCCUCAUGCAGCGCAGUCUCUGUGACCGCCUCCGCCUCCGAACACGAUGGAACGUCAUUGUUUGAAUCUGGAGGAACUACGUCGACACACCACAAGUCGGAAGAGGAAACGGGUGAGAUUAUCACAAUCGUCUCUAGCUCGAAUGCACGCAGGCCCCGCCCCCUUAGCAUCGAUCUUUCACCGGCUUCGCUCCCUGCUCGCAGCGACGAAGACUGGGCAAAAGACGCCCGAUGGCUCGUUCCCCCAUCGUUCCCAGACACCCCUCCUGCUCGCCCUCGUCCGAAGUCCAUGAGUUUCUCCGACUCACAACCUAAAAUUUCUCGUCCGAUCCAUCCAGACCUCCUACCGCUUCCUAUUAUCCCUGCUCCGCAUCAUUUCGACCGACAGAUGUUCCCUGACUUGACCGGUAUUCCACUGAUCGCUCCUUCUCGGCCUCGCAUCAAGGAGCAUGGCUCGAGGAAGAACUCACCGCGCCAGUCCAGGGUGAGGAUGUCCGCGCUCUGGGAGGAGGACGAAAGUACAAGUAGCGCGGAGCCGAGUCGGGCGAGCACCCCAGCGCCGGUGUCCUCCGUUGAAGGCUAUGUUACUGCAGGCGAGCGUAGUGCCACGCCUCCGCUGGGCUGGCCAUAUGCUGGCAUUGGAGCAGACCCGUCGCCAUCCAGUGCCUCCCCAGACGCCCAACUGCAUGCAUAUGCCCAAGCGCGUCCUCGGCCGAGCCGUCUGCGCUCACUUUCCUUCUCCAAUACGUCCGCACCAUCGCUCGGCUCGCCCGAUUUCCCGACGCUCGCUAUCCCCGCACCGGUGCCUGAGCCCUCAGGUGCGAGCAGCGGGUACACCGGCCUGACGUUGCCGCAUGCAAGCUACACGCCCAAGAUCGGGAAGCCGCUCGCAGAUGGACACAUUGACCUCGUGCGCUCCGGCCGUGCGCAAAGCAGCAUGGCAACAGUCGAGGUCGUGCGUGGGGCUGCGAACUCAUCGUCGGCCUUUACUAAGCUGUUGAGGAGGAAGCGGAAACGCGAGGGUGCGACGCCAGCGCAUUUGAGAGAUACAUUGCCCUUGCCCGUCGCAUUCACAUCGCAUGUGCCGCCACCGUCAUUUGUGCCUGCGGCAUAUGUGCUCGUGCAGGUGUUCGCGGCGGGACUGGAUGGGUUGGACUCGAUGAUUGUGCAGGAGAAGGCUGACAAGAGGAGUGUCGCGGCGACGCUGGGGAAGAAGAGAGGAUUUGUGCCUGGCAGGAGUAUAGUGGGGAAGGUGAUGGAGUGUGGGUUCGAAGUCAACAGCGAGGUCUGCAGAAGGGGGGACUGGGUGUUGGGGUUGUUGGAUGUGCGAAAGUGUGGUGCCUUGGCAGAGUUUGUUCUGGUUGAGCGCCAUCGUGUCUUCCGCUCUCCGGCGCCGCGUGAGCGGCCGACGUCUCUUUUCCCUCCGCGCAAACGUAAGCAUACGCAUACACGGACGUUGUCCCUUCCAUCUUCUGUCUCGUCUUCACCACCUUCCUCUCGUGCACCACUAACCCUCGAAGAGCUUGCUCUACUCCCUCUCUGCGGUCUGCCUGCAUAUCGCGCUGUACGCACCUUCACUGACGUCAUCUCGUCCCGGCGAAAUCGCGAAAGCCCGUGGAUCCUCAUCUUGAAUGGGCACGAUGGUCCAGGAGCAUUGGCAGUGCAGAUGCUCGGAAAGAAGAGGGCACGUCUCUGCGUGCAGGUCCCGGAGUCGGCCAUGUCUGAGCCAAAGGAGAGCUCAGAGCCAUCAGAAGAGAGUUCAAAGACUCCGGGCUCCAGCAGACAUGACAAAGUGGUGGCGCGUGUUCGUGGAUGGGGUGCGGAGGAGGUCUGCGUAGGUGAUCCGCUUGCCGUGCUCGAAACAUUCGUGGAGGAGGAGCGCUCAUUCGACGGUGUACUGGACACUGUGGGCGGCGUGUUCGUAUGGGAGGCGUCGCAGAGGCUUCUGUCGUUCGGCCCGAACCCAGAUUCUCCCAGCACGUCUUUGGAUGAGCCUUCGACACCAGAGAGCUCGUCCGAGCCAUCGUCGGAAAGCUCGAAGAAAAAGAACAUCACACUCCCGGUACAGUUCACCACCCUCAUGGGCGAUGUUCCCUCUCGUGUAAUUCCCACCGCGCACGACAACCUGCGUUCUGGUCUUCGCUCCCUUCGGCGCUCGACGGUGACGAGUAGCAGUUCGUCGACGUCAACCAGCCGUUUAUCCGGUACUCUCGGCAAGAGCAGAAUUAAACGAAUCAUCGGGUACACCUGGGUCAGCGUCGCCUCGGACGUCGAAGAGGGCGAGGACGUGCGGUAUACGCUUGGUGCAGUGGUGGAGAUGGUCGGAGGCGGCGCAAUCCGCCCGUGGGCGGGUCAAGGGGAGGACGAUGAGCGCGUGGUCCCGUUCGAGCGUGCGCCGGAGGUAUUCAGACGCGAUGCGGUCGGACCAAGGGGCGUGCUGAAGGACGGCGGGACGUGUGUCAUCAAAAUCGGCGGCGCAUAA